AAUAAGGCGUAUUGACGGUCACGCAAUCACAUAAAUGAACGGUAUUCGUUACAGAAUUUCAUUUGCACAUAAUCAAUAAAUUAUGGCAAGCAUCCCAGCCGUACCACUGGAGCUAACUAAUUUCCCGCCUAAAUCAAACUCAGCGGAUAUGUCUGGAACAGUUCCACAGUUCUUAUGAAUGGGGUGUUAUUCGCCAUUUAUGCUGUGUUCCAUAGGUUAACGUCACUGCAAUCCAUGGUUAGUUUGCUAUUUGAGAAAAACAUGGUUCUUAUUUGGGCUUGAAUAAAACGAUGACAUCAUUAACAAACUUAACUGGUGUAGAUGGUGAAGAACUGAAAAGACUUGGUCUGCAACCACUGUAUUGUUUUGAUAGAGAUGGUUCUGAAAAUCUGAUUUUUAUGUCACCUAACACACUCUUGAAUGACUCUGAGCUGAAGUAUGGAGGGUUUCUUGAAAGAAGUCCUAAGAAGGUCCUUGGCCUGGUGACAAAGGACAUUUUGGAGUGCCAGGACUCUCUUCUAUUCCAAGUUCCAGAACUAACAUGUUUCCACAUGGGAUAUGGUACAAAGGCAGUCAAUAAAGAAGGCAGGAUAGCCAUCAGCAAGGAAGAUGCUGAGUAUUGGUUACAGGAAUUGAAUAUGAGAUUUUUAAAUGGAGAAGAAAGUAUUGCUGGCCAAGAAGAGGAAAUAGCUGAGCCUAUGGAUGUUGACACCCAAUCAAUUCAUGAUGACACAGUUUAUCCAGCAAAUAGUGGGCUCUGUAUUCCUCAAAAGGGAUCACGAAUUUUACACUUCUCCAUAUUGAAAAUAUUUGCGAACAAAAAAUUGAGGCGCAAGAAGAAAGAUUCCCUUAACUUGAGAGGAAAAAUUGGGCACAACAAGAUUUCAGAUUUUCUCUUAUUCUGGACGCUCCCCUACCUUCUAAACUAUACUCAACGGAAAGUAGAGGAACUCGGAAAGCAUCUAACAUCUAAAGGGAACGAGCCUCAUUCUAGGAUGAAAACUGUCAAGAAAUCUUCACAGCAGAUCAUUUUAGAGGCAUGCAAGAAAACAAAAUGUAAAAUCCAACCUCACUUAAUGACAAAGCUUGCUAAGUAUUACAGUGAAGGAAAACUUCAACAAGAGUACACUCUGCUGAGUUUGGAUGAUGGGUCUCCAAUUGUUCUUGUUCCUCUUCAACAUCUUGUGGGUAAAAAAGGGACGCUGUCCUUGAAACUGGAAGACAUUGGACACUAUUGGAAGAAGGAUGGAAGGGACAGGUCUGUGGAGGAGUUCCUUAAUGCUUUCGUGAAAAGCAAAGCAAUUCAGGAAGACUACUUCAAGUGUAUGAAGAUGGCCAAAACUCGUCUUGGUGUGGAUUACAGCAUUAUUUUUCCUGAUCAAGAUUCGUAUGCGUUGUUUUUAAUGGAAGUGAGGAAAAGGGACCCCAAUGUACUGACAGUGGAGCCUCAGGGAAGGGGAAUGAUCACUCCUCCACUUGGAGUUGUAAAGGCUGAUGGUCAAAAUGUAACUGUCUCCUUCACUUUUUUUCAGGGGACAGACCCCACAUCAGUUAGUGCUCUUUUCAGAGCAUGUGGUGCCCAAUACUGCAACCAUUUCAGUAUUAUAUUUCUUUAUGGCUCCACCUGUAGUAAGGAUUCUGAUUGCAAGCUUGGUCACCUAUAUCAUGUUAGAGAAGCAGAGCAGAUAUCUUUCCAGAGAGGAAAACUUGUUAAAGACAAGGACAAGGACAAGGACAAGGAAAUCAGUUUUCGUUGUGGUGUGUCCAAGUUUGCAAGUUAUGAAUUCCCCAACUCAUUCUCUUUUUUCACGAAGCAGGUCCGUAAGGAUCCUAAUGUGCAACGGGCAAGGGAAGAUUUCAGUGUUAGACCUGAGACUUUUGAUCCUUCUCAACACAUCAAAGUUGCUUUUGCUACCGAUGCAAAGCAAAAAAGUCUUAAGAAUGCCUGUUGCAACAAGAACAAGAAAAUAAAAUCUUCAAAUCGGGGAAUGCUGUCAAACAGAGGAAUCAAAGCAGCUAAUUUGAAUGGCUGCCUCUUCAAAUGGAUACAAAGACAUGGACCAAAAGAGAACAUUGGUGUAACCUUGGCUAUUAACAACACCCUGGGGCCUGAAGACCCACCUGAAGUCCUGAGAUCUGCUGUAAAAAGAGUCAUCUUCUUGUUCGUGAUUGCCAUUUUACAAGCAGACCUUCAGUCAGUCUACCCCUCUAAAUGCCUUGAGGACAUUGAGGACAGUAUGGGGAGUGAGGAUAGUACCUUGGUAGCUAGCAAUUUGUUGGCAGGGCAAAAGACACUUGUGAAAGCAGUUUCUGGCAAGGGUGUGAUUCAGAGUAGUGCUAAUGAUGAUGGAGACCACAGUGACAAUGAUGUGGAUGAUGAUGAGAACUCUGAUGACGACAAUACUGAUGAUGAUGAUGAUUGCAGGGACAAUGAUGAUGAUGAUGAAGACAGUGACGAUGAUACUGACGAUAAUGAUGAGGAGGAUGAUGAUGAUGAUAAUGUACAAUUUGACAAAGAGGAGACCAAGAAGGAUGACCGCCGGAAAACGGAACUGAAGGAGGUUUCCUCAGGAAAGGGUGCCUCCUCAAGUGAGAAAAAUAUGGCAGAGCUUACGCAGGACCAAUCAGUCAAACAAGGUACACCAAGUUAUGAUGAAUUGGAACAUCUUGCCUCAAAGCUUGGUGGUGUUUGGAAAAAGCUUGGGCGCCGCUUGGGCAUCGAAGAGCCAAAGCUUGACGAAGUGAGCAAAUUAAACGAGGAGCUGUCUGAAAAGGGAUAUAAAAUGCUCCGGCAUUGGAAGGCACUAAACGGUUCAGCCGCAACUUACCAGAUUUUGGCUCAAGCACUACAUCAUGAGCUUGUGAAUCGGCGAGAUUUAGCGGAAGAAUUUUGCUAUGAGCAACAAUGAAUGGAAAUGUGUCCUUAGAGUGUAUGCAAAGAUUGCAUAUAUUUGUAUGUAAAAUUUAAAAUGGAAAACUAGACACUGCCAUAGCAAGUGAAUUAUAAUCUUGAAAUUUUUAAACCCGAAGGUAAGGCUAUUUUUUCCGUUUUGUAGAUUUUUGAUCUUAAAUUCGCGCUUAGUUGCUUCUCUCAUUAUGCAUCAAAUAUAACUUCUAGGCGUUCGUAGCUGACAAUUAAUUUGAUCUCUAGAGCCCGAAACUACAAAAUUAUUUAUGUAAGGGCUGUGUUCGAUGAAGUUCUACUAUUUUUGAGUGGCGAAUUUUGUUCAAUGCCUUCAUAGCAAGGUGUAUCAUAGAUUCUAGACGGGCUAUACGCCCACUGAAACGGGAAUGGUUUCUAGCGACUCCUAAGGAGAAAUAUCAUUUGUAGCAAUAGUAUUUUUUAAAAGUGAACGUUGUAUAAAGUUUCACUCUAAAAUAAUUUAUGAUUAGUUAUAUAUGUUCAUGUUUUUAAAUAUUUUAGGGGUAUUCAAUUUGAGAUGGUCAAUUAUUUGAUACUAACAUGUAACCACAGACUUUUUUUUUAACAAAACACCAUCUUUUUAUUAUUAUCACACAAAACAUUUUUAGCAUACUUGUAAGUUUAGAUGUAAUCUAAUCUGUUCACAAUUCAUUUUAAAAUACAGCGGGUGUACAGAA